AUGGAUAAGUUGACCGGCGAGAAGGCGGCCCGAUCGGACGAGGUGAUGAAGCUGGAAGCUGCCUUGCAAGAACACCAGGCCGCCGCCGAUGCCUCCCGAGCGGCCCUCAAAGAAUAUCAGGAGGCUGAGCCAGGCCGGGUCGCCGCUCUGAGGCUAAAGUACAUCCGUUCGGUCGAAUUCUCAGAAAAAGUAUGCGAGCGGAUGUAUAAUGCUUUUGAGCUUGCCAUCACCGCCACAACGGACUACCUGAAGUCCAAGGCUCAGCUUCCCAACUCCACCACUAUCCCGGCCGAAGACUAUGUGGCGCUUCUCUCCUCCAUCCCGAAGACCGUUUAUGAUUUUUGGAGUAGAAGUCUUCAUUUUUGUCUUUUAAAAAGUUCUCAUCUAAAAAGUGUUGCCUUUUUUAGGAGUAGAAAAACCCCUAGUUUCACUCGCCCACCUAUCUUCCGAUCGAAUCCCUCCGGAACUCUUCUCCCUAACUCCUCAUCUCACGCCGGCCUUCUCCAUCCAACUCCUCCUCUCACGCCCUCUCCUUCCAACUCCUCUCCGGCAAACAUCUCUCCGGCGAACCCCUCUCCGCGAACCACUCCUCCGAACUCCUCUCCAUCAAGACCGCGGAUCCCGGAAAAGGGAGCGAGCUCACCAGCGGAAGGGGUCUCGACAGAAGGCUUCGGGCAGAGAAGGAAAGGACGCGCACGCGAUCCCGGCGAAGGAGAGCUCGGGAAAAAGGCAAGUUAUGUGAUUCCGGCGAAGGAGAGCUUGCGAAAAAGUGUCUUUUCAGAUAUUUUGAAUGGUAAAUGGAGAUAUUCAGAAACUCCAGCUAAACAGCUCGGAUAUGGAUGAUUAUAGGAACAGCAACUACAUGUUAUGUGGCACUGCAUCCAAACUUCAAGGGUGUGACUGGAAAGUACUUUGACGAAGAACUUCGACGAAGAACUAUUAAGAAGACUUUGGGAUUUAAACGAGAAGAUGGUUAAAGCCAAUGAGUAAACAAUAUUCAAGUCAAGAGGAUAAGUAGCAUCUAUCAAGAUUCUUUAAGUUCAUGCAAUAAGAUGUAGUCGAUAGGAGUAGUUUUGAGUGUUUCCUAAUUAAAAUUUCUUUGUAUGCAAGUAAUUAUGUUUGUUAUAGAAGUGCAAGGAUGAUAAUUUCUA